AAGAAUAUAAAACAAACUGGCAUAUAUAAAUGGUCAUACUGCAGGUCAGAUGCAAAACCCACAGAAUGUGCUGGGCCUCCAAAAACCUCUCCUGAUUUUUCCCACACAAAUGUACAAGAUAGACCAACCGUAGAUCCUCGUUCUUCAAAUAUUCCACACGACAGAAAGGCUUUGUAUGACCAUCCUUUGGAGAGUCUGCCAAAAUGUGCACCCUUUCCACCCGCAACUAUAAGGACCUUAAAUGUCAGUAGUCAAGUAGCUACAAUAUCUAAAACUGCAUCAGUUUACAUGAGGUCUGCUACAAUAGUGCCUGGUACCAUGCUGGAGAAUACCGUUCUGGAGAAUAAAAAGGGUGCAAACGAUGGUCUUAAGGGAAAAUGCAGCAUUGCUACUCAGACAUUUGAAGUUCUGUCUCCAUCAGAGGUUGCCUCUCCAUCAGUUACAGAGCAGUCUGUUAUUAUGGCUUCUGCCACUUCACAAACAUUCAGGCAUGUGAGUACAGGCACAUCUGCAGAACAGUCUCCUGUCAUUCAAGAAUCAUCCUUGUAUACACAAUCUUCUUUGACUCAGGCAAGUGUACAUGUAAAGAAAAACAUAAUAGAAAAUCCUCUGGACAGACUACCAAAAGCUGCCCCCUACCCUCCCCCAGUUCAUGUUACUGUUCCAGUUCAAAAUUCCAGGAGCAAAUCCAGUGCAGUGGCUGCCGUGACUGCCAUUGUGGGUGCACAGGCCAGACUGUCUGGCCCCUUUGUCUAUCGCUCUCUCUUGGAUGCUCUUCUUAUAGAACCUAUCAUUAAACCACCUUUUCCCAAUUCAAAGCCAGCAAGAAGGUCCACUGGUGUGCUUACCAGUGAACAAUCUGUGAGUGAUCCACUGGAAACUAUACCAGUUGCUGCCUAUUCUGCUGAGCCAUCAAAGAAUAUGUCAAGUACAUACAAGUCUGGACCAGCUGUAUACAAACCCAGUGGCCCUGCAAGCAAUGCCAAGCCAGCAGGCUGGCAAUCAGCACCUUCUACUGGACGGAUCACAAAUCAGCCUUCUACGAGAACACCUGCAUCAGAUAAUAAACCAUUUGCACCGCCUAUGGAUGAUCAAGAUACAUUGUUUCAGAGGGCAGAGCAUAUUCCUGCUGGGACACGCACCCCAAUGUGUGCCAACUGCAAUCUAGUCAUUAGGGGACCAUUUUUGUUGGCUUUGGGGAAAUCGUGGCAUCCAGAAGAAUUCAACUGUGCUCACUGUAAGAAAAAUAUGGCGGAGAUGGGCUUUGUCCAGGAGAAAGGUGCUCUCUAUUGUGAAACUUGUUAUGAGAAGUUCUUUGCACCAGAUUGUGCCCGUUGCCAAAGGAAGAUUCUUGGCGAAGUUAUCAAUGCGCUGAAGCAAACUUGGCACGUCUCUUGCUUUGUUUGUGUGGCCUGCCAUACUCCUAUUCGAAAUAGCGUUUUUCAUUUGGAAGAUGGGGAUCCCUACUGUGAGAGAGAUUAUUAUUCCCACUUUGGUACAAUGUGUCAUGGAUGUGAGUUUCCUAUUGAAGCUGGAGACCGAUUUCUGGAGGCACUGGGAAACACCUGGCACAACACCUGCUUUGUGUGUUCUGUAUGCUGUGAAAGCUUGGAGGGACAAGCCUUUUUUGCAAAGAAAGAUAAACCACUAUGCAAGAAGCAUGCUCAUGCUGUGAAUUUCUGAAGUUUUUUUCAAUCCAAUCUUUUCACUGAAGAUAAAUGUUCCAUGAUAUGUUAAUAUUAACACAAUUGUCAUAAUUUUAUUCACGGUAUUUUAUAACCUAUUAAAAAGAACAGGAAUUAGUAUUCUAAACAAUUGAGUGGGGUUUCAAAAUCUUAGCUUAAUGUAAUAAAAUCCUUAUUAAUCCUUAUUCUAUAGUAUCUGUGCACAUUGGCAAACUUCAGCCAUCAGGAAAAAAUACCUACAUCCAGUCAGGAAGGAAGUGGUGAUAUUACUGCAUCCAGACAGACGUUUUAAGAAUUAACCUUUACCUCAACAGUCUGAGUUUUCACAGCUGCUAUCUAGGCAUUGCUAGAACUGUGACAUGAGAGAAGCACCACUGCAGAGCCUCUUUGCACAGAUACUGUUAGAUGGGAUAGCAAAUAAAUAAAAUUCUUAUUUUACAUUUCUACAUAUGUGAACAUUUGUCUAUUUAUCUUCUCUAUCUAUCUUUAUUUUACUGAGAGUCUGUUUUGGCGUCAUAAAAAUAACAGCAUUUUUAGAAGAGGGAAUAUUUUUUUUUUUAUUAUGAGCAGUGUUGAUUCAUGCCAUUUCCUUGCAUGUUCGUAAUUCUGCUGGAACCAAAAAACAUGAAAUAUCAGCCAAUUUUGCCAAAAAAUAUUUGAUUUUGGAAAUGAUUCAGAUAAUUUAGUUAAUGUUGACACAGAGAGUUGGGAUUUUUCUAUACACUUGUAAAUGUGGAUAUUACAUUUUAAGAAGCCUGCAUCUAAGUUAAUAACCAAAUGGCAUAAUUACAGUACACAGAAAACUUGGGUUAUUUUAUAACUAUGCAGAUUUUUAUUACUUUGCAGGGGUAAAAUUCCUAUGAUAUUUAUUUUUUAAAAUAGUUUUGUAUAAAGCAAGAACAUUUAAUCUGUAGCAUGCAAACAGAUGAUGUUAAUAUAAUUUUUUAGAAAGGCUAUGUAUUGUAAGAAUCACUAAAUGGAAACAAUAGUGAAAUUCAUGAACACUUUUGUUCAUGACCCUUAGUAUGUGUCAUUCUUCUGCCACUAUUACAACAGUGUAAUAUUAUAUUACUCACUGGCUAAAGAAAGUAGAGUGGACCUAAAAAAACAAACUGAGCUUAUAAAAGUUACCAGGUCACAGUUUUGCUCAUGAUCAAUCGUCAAGGAGCAAUAAUGUUCAUGCUUUUACAAUACUGGCAGCCCAGUGAUUUUAGAGGUCACAUGUACAAUGACUGUAGAGAAUUCUGCAGUUUUAUUCAAAUUGAACUAAACCAUUCAAAGUUUAAUUCCGCUAAAGAAUAUAACCAAAUAUACCAACACUUCUGGCAAAGGCCAUAUGCACUAGUUUGCUAGUCUUGUUCUCUUUUAAAAUCUCAGGCCGAAAAUCCGUUGUGCAGUCAGAAAACAAUGGAGAAACUGGCACAAAUAAGCCUUUAGUGUUGAUUUGUUAAAGGAGUAAAGGAUAAUCACUUAGCACAAUAAAACGUUUUACACUUCAGUCGUCCAAUUAUGUACUAAGUAAAGUUUUAUUUCGGAAAAAAAACAUCAAUUUGUUAGGCAACCUUUCGUUACUUCAUUUAAUCAACCACAUUGAGUAGGUCAUUGAACAGCGGAGGAUAUAUUUGUAUGUAAUAAUGUGCAUUGUGUUUUAUAAAUUUUAGAGUAUGCCAAAAAAUAUGUACCAACCAAAAAAAUGUUAUGGCUAAACCUUUUAUACAGCUUGGCAAAAGCUAGAACCUUAAAGUGUUAACAUUGGAAAUAUGUGUAUGGAAAACAAAUUACAAAAACAGCAGCUUGCAAAGAAAUCGCAGGCUCCACAUGAUGGAAAGCUUACAUAUGAAAUAAUCAAACUGGUCAUGUUGCAUGAUUUUGUUAUAUGUAUACUUGAUGCUGGUAUUGGUCUCCCAGCUGAUAUUGUGACAUGUAUAUAGAAAGUCAAAGAUAAAAUGUGCAUAAUCAUAAUUAACGCAACAAAGUGUGGGUAGUCUCAAAUAAUUGCUACAUGGGUCUGCACUAUACUUUAUAUAUGUUUGUACUUGCAGUUCUGUCAUUUUGAGGAAAUGUAUUCUUGUAUCUUGUGUUUUAGAACAUUCCUAGUCUAUUUGUUUCCUAAAUGUACUUCAUAGGGAAUGUGUUUGAAGGGCUCAGCCUGCAUUACAUGCUGCACCUGCUUGUGUCUCUAGUGGUGUUUUCAUGCUUGGUGCAAUGUUUUAAGGGAAUAUUAAAUUGUGGUACAUAAUUUA